AUGCAAACUCAGUCAUGGAUUGUAAUGGUUGUGAUUUGCAUAACUUUGAUAAUAAAAUGCAAUGCUGCAGUAGGAUCAUCUUCCAAAGAAGACGAUAAAAUAGUGAGUUUGCCAAGGCAACCACAAGUAAGUUUCCAGCAAUAUGCAGGAUACAUUACCAUUGAUGAAAAGCAACAGAGAGCACUAUUCUAUUACUUUGUUGAAGCAGAAACUGAUCCUGCGUCAAAGCCUUUAGUUCUCUGGUUAAAUGGAGGACCUGGUUGUUCCUCUCUUGGAGCAGGAGCUUUUUCUGAGCAUGGCCCCUUCAGGCCAAGUAGUGGAGAGAGUUUAGUCAUAAAUGAAUAUAGUUGGAACAAAGAAGCAAACAUGCUAUACUUGGAAACACCCGCAGGAGUUGGUUUCUCUUAUUCUGUCAAUACAUCUUUCUAUGAUAAUGUGAAUGACACUAUCACAGCACAAGACAAUCUUGUAUUUCUGCAGCAGUGGUUCCUCAAAUUCCCCGAGUACAUGAGCAGAGAUUUCUUCAUCACUGGUGAAAGCUACGCAGGUCACUAUGUCCCACAACUUGCAAACCUUAUACUUCAGUCAGGAUUAAAAUUUAAUUUGAAGGGCAUAGCUAUAGGAAAUCCGCUCUUGGAGUUCAACACAGACUUUAACUCAGAGGGUGACUUUUACUGGUCUCAUGGGUUGAUAUCAGAUUACACCUACGUACUUGUCAAUACGGCUUGUAACAUUUCACAGCUAAUGAGAGAGUACAUGAGUGGCUCUCUUUCGUCAGGUUGUGAACUUGUAGCUGAUCAAUUAUCAAUAGAAAUUCCUGACGCAAUUGAUGACUAUGAUGUCACUUCUGAUGUCUGCCCAUCAUAUUUGCAAGCUGUCACACUACUUAAAUCAUUUAAUCAUCCAUUGAUAUCAAAGUUUCAGCUUUCACCAUUAGGUGAAUCACUUCAAGCAACUUCUGAUCAAUCUGAGGAAGCAGCAGAGAAUAUAGAUCUUUGUGUACAAGAAAAGUCUUUUGAAUAUUUGAACAAUAAAGAUGUGCAAGAUGCUCUUCAUGCCAAGCUCGUAGGGAUCUCCAAUUGGACUUUCUGCAGCCGAGUAAUGUAUUAUGAUCGUCGAAACUUUGAGAUACCUACCAUAGAUGUAGUAGGCUCACUGGUUAGUUCUGGCAUCAGGGUUCUAGUAUACAGUGGAGAUCAAGAUUCAGUCAUUCCAUUUAUUGGGUCAAGAACUUUGGUAAAUGGUUUGGCAACGAAGCUGAAACUGAAUGCAACCACCACUUACAGUGGUUGGUUAGUAGAUAAACAGGUUGGUGGGUGGACACAAGUUUAUGGAGACAUCUUGACAUAUGCUACUAUUAGAGGAGGAUCUCACAUGGCACCUUGGUCAUCACCCAAGAGAUCACUAGCUUUAUUUAAAGCAUUUCUAUCUGGGAGCCCACUUAUCUGAUUAAGAACAUUGAUUUAGUUUCAAGAAAUGAAUUCCACCCUUCA